AGGAUCUCUUCCCCUCCUUACUUCUCCAUAUUUCGUUGUUAAUUAUCGCAUCGAAGCUGAUCCUUUGAUUCAGGGAAACGGGACUGAGAAAUCGAAGCAGUGGAAACAAAGAUCGAAGCUUCCAGCUGGGCUAAUUUUGCGCCACAGAAUACCUUUGCGAUGUUUCCGUAUUGCUUCAGACGCGUUAGCCAUAGCCAUGCUAGGAUCCCAUCGCAUGUGAGAGGAAAUCUCGGGAAGGAGGCAGGUUCGAGCAACGUUAACGAAUACAUCUUCAUGUGAAUGAGUGAAGACCCAUUAUUCUUGAUAAAAAGGGACGGUGGAGUAUGGCGGACUUGGAAAAUUUGCUUUUGGAAGCAGCUGGAAGGACCAAUACAGGAGUGAGAAACCGGCACUCACUUCCACCAUCUAGGAGGCGGCGGGAGGGUUCAUAUUCUGAUGGUGGGAGUGAUGAUUCUGAUGAUGAUCGUGGCUAUGGAAGCAGGAAGCCAUCUGGUUCACAAGUUCCUUUGAAGAAGAGGUUGGAAGCCACUGAUAGGGAUGAUGGUCAUGGCAGUCAAGGAGAAGGUGAUUAUGAUGGUGGUCGUUCUGAUCACGAGGGUGACAGCAGUGAUGAAUCUGAUGUUGGUGAUGAUCUUUACAAGAAUGAGGAUGACAGGCAGAAGCUUGCACAGUUGACUGAACUAGAAAGAGAGAUGAUAUUGUCAGAGCGAGCAGAUAAGAGAGGUGACAAGAAAUUUACUGAAAAAAUCAGAUCAAAACGUGACAAUGAGAAGAACAGUCAAUCCAGAAAAGAGACUCCACCUCUUCCAUCAUCCCGUGGUGUACGAUCAUCAGCCAGAUCUGCAGACAGGACCACUGCUAAGGAUGAUGCUCUCAAUGAGUUGAGAGCUAAAAGGUUGAAGCAGCAGGAUCCAGAGGCACAUGGUAAGCUGAGGGAUGCACCCAGAGGAUGGUCUGGUGGCAGGGGAUUUUCAUCAAUCAAGCAGAAGUCAGCAAGCCUAAGUAGCUCCAGUCAGAGUGAGAGUGAGAUUAGGUCUAACAGCGAAGAUGAAGGGUUGUCAGAGGAUGACGAAAUGGUUGACAGUGAUGAUGAUAGGAGCACUCGGGGGCCGCAAGGGCCAACAUUUGAAGAUAUAAAAGAAAUUACUAUCAGGAGGUCAAAACUUGCAAAAUGGUUUAUGGAGCCAUUUUUUGAAGAGUUGAUUGUAGGAUGCUUUGUGAGGGUUGGAAUUGGGAAGUCAAGAAGCGGCGCUAUCUACAGGCUCUGCAUGGUUAGAAAUGUUGAUGCCACUGACCCUAACCGACAAUACAAACUAGAGAAUAAAACAACACAUAAGUAUUUGAAUGUUGUUUGGGGCAAUGAGAGCACUGCUGCCAGGUGGCAGAUGGCCAUGAUUUCAGACUCCCUGCCACUAGAGGAGGAAUUUAGACAAUUGCUCAGGGAGGUGGAGCGACAUGGAGGUCGAAUGCCAACCAAACAAGAUGUGUUAGAAAAGAAAGAGGCAUUACAAAAGGCCAAAACAUUUGUCUACUCAGCUGCUACUGUUAAGCAAAUGUUACAGGAGAAAGAAUCUACUUUAGCAAGGCCAUUGAAUGUUGCAGCUGAGAAGGAGCGGUUGAAGAGGCAGUUGGAAAUCGCACAAAGCAAACAUGAUGAGAAAGAAGUGGAGAGGAUAAAAACAAGGCUGCAGCAAUUAGAGGCAUCCCGGCAAGCACAAGGGAAAGAUAAGAAAGCUAUCAGAUUGGCUGAGAUGAACAGAAAGAACAGGGUUGAGAAUUUUAAAAAUGCAUCAGAGUUGAAACCUGUAAAUACCUUGUUAAAAGCUGGGGAGGCUGGAUAUGAUCCAUUUUCAAGGAGGUGGACUAGAUCGAGGAACUACUAUGAUGCAAAGCCUCCAGGAGGAGAAUCAGCAGUGGGUAAUGGUGAUUCUAAUGGUGCAUUGCCUGGUGGAAAUAUUAAUGGAGCAAGGACAGAGGCUGGCAUGGCAGCUACAGCAGCUGCCUUGGAAGCUGCUGCUGGUGCAGGUAAGUUAGUUGACACAAGUGCUCCUGUGGAUCAAGGAACAGAAUCAAACAUGCUUCAUGAUUUCGAGGUUCCAAUCACAUUGAACACACUACAGAAGUUUGGUGGUCCUCAGGGAGCCUUGGCUGGAUUUAUGGCUAGGAAACAAAGAAUAGAAGCAACCGUUGGAUAUUGUGUCCCGGAGAAUGAUGGGAGGAGACAUGCUCUUACCUUAACAGUUGGGGAUUACAAGAGAAGAAGAGGGCUUCUUUGAAAUGUGAUGUUGCAUCCAAGCAGUGUCUGUUCAGGUAACGAUAUUUUAGUUAGAACUUUCAUUGCCAGCAUUGAAGUCUCUGUAAUUAUUCAGGAAUUAAAUUCGGAAAUGCAAGGCAAUGAAGUGUCUGUACAGCAAGGCAUUUCAGUAAGUAUCUUCUUAAUUAUUUUCUUCAAAUUUGUGUUUUGAACUUUUGAUGGUCAAUUUAAUCAUGAAUAAUUGUAAUUGUUGGAACAGGUCGGGGUAUUCUUUGAGGAAUUAUAUAGACCAAUCUAUUUAUAUGUAUCCUGGAUUUUUAUUUUUAUU